CGAAGAACCAGAAGGCAGAUGUAAGAAGUCAGAAGCCGUUCGCGAAGAAGUCGAGCAGCUUCAUUACAGAACCUCCAAAUCCAAGGAUGACAAAUUAUUAUGACGUUGAUGAUAUCUUAGCUGAAGAAGAGCUGGUUCCAGCUGUAUUCCAGAAGACUGCUAAUGGAGUCGGGAUAUUUGAUUGCUGUGAUGAUACAAAUAAGGUGGGAGCCGGUACUGAAGUGGAAAUGCCUUUCUGGCUUGCAUGUGACCUAUAUGUUAAACAAGCAGUGAAGAUCAAAGUUCCGUCAUGUUUUGACACCAAAGAGAGACCAAGAGAUAGACACCGUGAUGAACCAAUAAGAAAAAGGGACAGAACAAAAGAUGAAAUUGGAGCUGAUGCUGCACAUGUAGAUCUGAGAGGUCGAUGCCCAUAUUUUUACGAAUUCGGAUGCAAGAUAGCAAGACUGUGAGUUACUUAUAUCUUUCUUCAUUAUAUGGUGCAUCAAGUAAGGGGUGGACUUGGGCUGGUUCCUGUUCUGGAACUGCAGUUUUCUGGAUCAUGUUUAUGAGAGAGCCUUAACGGGAACUGCUUUGUGCCGAUAGGGUCUAUUUGCAAUUCCUUAUCCAAUUCCGCGGUUCCAGAUCGGAAUUAUAGGUCAUUAGCUUUUAAAAAAGUACCUUUGGGGAACCGAUACCGGAACCACCUGUCCUUCUAUCAUCAUUAAACCCGUAACAGGAACCUAUAUUACAUCAGUCUGGUUCUGGUUCUUGCUUCUCCGGCUCUGGUCUGGUUCCAGAUCCACAGGUUCCGGCAAUUCUUUUACCAAAUGCACAUAUAUAUAUAAUUAUAAUCAACUUGGUGGUUUUGAAUAAUGUUGGCAUUUUGACACAAAUUACUCAAAUCAGUAGUGUAGAAUCUAAAGUACAAAGUAUCUCAUACUUAUUAUGUUUCAUGUAUGACAGUUCUUUGUAACUCUGAGCGUGCUAAUUUGUUAUUUGGUACUAUGUUGAAUAUGAUUGCCAUUUUUUGCUUGCGA